AUGAAUUCGUAAAUAUCACAUCAAACUAAGACAUCUCAAACUUAAUAAUUCAUAGCUUCCUAACUUUCCAAGUUGCCCGAUAAAACUAAGCUUCAGUAACUCAUUCCUGUCUAAUUGCAUGUUAAUUGUUUUGAGCGAAAACACAAUGAAGGAACUGAUAACAGAUAAUCACCUCCAUAAUAAUAAAAUUAUUGUACAAAACCAUCAUAGAAACCUCAAUAAUCCAAUCAUAAAUCUAAUAUGUCACUCUAAAAUAAAAGCAAUUCCCAUAUUGAGUCUAUUUAAGAGAAAUUAUCAGCCAUGAAUCAUCCAAAUAAAAAAAGAGAUUACUCUCCAAACUCUGAUGCAAUAAGAUAAUUACUUAAAACUACUAAGCAAGAUUCAGACAUGAUUAAUCUAUUAUCUAAAAGACAGCAAUCCCAAGACUAGCAAAUUAUUUUAACUCCAAUCACUGCGAAAUAUCCAUUAAAAUCUCAUUCUCCAUUGGAUAUCAAGGAGAGUGUAGCAUAAUUGCUUUCAAAUCAUUUUAAAACAGAUGUAUCGUCUCCUAAGGCUAAUGGAAGCAAUUAAAAAUAAAAAAAUAACCAUCUCGGUCCUUACUUAUCCAUCCAACAACAGAUACAAUAGCAAAAACUGAAAGGACACAGUUCAACCAAUUCGCUAUCAUAUGGAUCUAGAAACCAUCAUCAACAAUCAUUACAAGAUCCGAAGAAAUCGGAGACUGCAACGAUAACACCAACUCCUAAAAAGUUUACCACUACUUCAUAAAAUACUGAGCAUAGCAAAAGUAAAUCUGUGGUUGAAGAAUAAUUGUAAUGUAUGAAAAUAAUGUAAUUUGAUAAAGAAAAUCAAUCCCAUAUCCUUAAUUUAGGAUCGCCAAGUGCUUUUAGUAGUUCUGAGCAAGCAUCAAGUAUUGGAGAUAGCGUUGGAAUGCAUUUACAAUUUGGAGUCAAAACAUAAUCUCCCUUUGCAAAGACUCCCUAAUAAACGCAGAGAUAUUGCAUCUAUCAUAAAGAGAAGAAAGCUAAGUAUGUGACUGAAGAGGGUAACGAUUAUCUCUUCUUUUGUUCCAAAUGUGCAGUCAAAUUGGCAGGCAAGGGAAUGUUCUUUACUGAAAUCGCAUAACUCAAACAAUCUACAGUGGAUUCUCAAACCCUCUCCUUUCAAUAGAGCUCUCUAGAUUCAAUGCACAGACAGUCUUCUUCAGUAGAUAUCCAAUUCAAAGAAAGAGAAAUGAAGGUCUUUCUGGCCUUACUGUAUUAAAUAUAGAACAAUAGACAAGACCUCCUGAGUCAAUUAUCUAGCCAAGGCAAUAAGCUCCAAAAUUAUUAUGACAAAUAAAUGAAACUGUGUAUGGAAGCCAAAUAACAAUUGUCAAUCUUCUUGGAAGAGAUCUAUCAAAGAAGCAUGAAUCAAUUGUCAAAUUCAAAGCAACAAACCCUAUCCUUCAUUGCGAAACUAUUCUAAUAGAUGACUGCCAACUAACUCGACACUAAGAAGAUACAAACAGAGAUUGAGAGCAAUUGGAAACGAGUUCUGGAGAACAUGGACAUGUCAGUGUUUAGAGAAGUUAUGAAUCAACAUCAUUCUAGAUUCUCUAAGAUUGGUGAAUUCUAGUAGGAGAUUCAGAACCAAUAUAUUCAACUCUAUUCAAUGGGUACUAUGGAUGUCUAGGCCACAAUGUCUUUGAUUGCAUAGAAUUUUGAGGUGGUUGAAUCUGCAAUACCUCUGAUUUCAAACAUCUAAUAAAUAAACAUCACUCAACCCAUCAGAACCUAACCCACUCCCCCUAAAAAGAGUGAGGAGUCAAUUAGUUAAAGAGUCAAAACUGAUUUCAGUAAUCAAAAGAAAAAUUCAGAUGCCAAAUAACAAAACUUCUGCUAAUAUUUUAAUGAUAAAGUUGAGACCAAUCAAAAUGUUAAGGAAAUCCAAAAGGUGAACCCUUCACUUUCAUCUCACAACAACAAUCUUUAUGUUUCAUUUGAAAAUAAAGAAAUAUUUAUGAACGCUUUGGAAAUGGAGAAGAAUAAGCAAGUCAUCUGUUCAGAAGAUGACAACUCUUCCAAACAAUAAGCCAUCAUGAUUCUUUAAUCUUACAAGGGAUCUCAUGCUGACAUUCAAGAAGAAUCACUCAAUAUGUCUCAUGAAUCAUAAAAGUCUGCUCCUCAUAGUCCAGCUUCAGGAUAAACCAAAGAAUCCGUUUAGCGAAUCAAUCCUAAUCAAGAAUAAGAAUUCGUUAGUCUUGCUAAUAACAAAAAUGAGACCGUGCCCAAAGAAGCCUUUCAAAAAUAGAAGAGCACUUUCAGAACACUUUUCGAAAAUGACGAUACUUAAGAACCCAACAUCCAAUAGAACAAGAAAGAAGUGACUGCAAUUUCUCCUGCAAGAAGUGAGAAGUUCAAAUCUUUUCUUAAUAGAAUCUCUAAUAGCCAAUCUACUACUCAAUAGUAUCUCUAUUAUAUUUAUAUCAAUUAAUCAAUUUUAGUUGCAACCGAAACUCCUGAUAUGAAAAGAGAAGAUUCAUAAAGUUUUCAUCAAAUUAGGUUUGAAUUUUCAUUUAUACUUAUUAGAGAGGACCUUAAGAACCUAAAAGAUUCAUAGGACAUCAAAGAUUCAGUGCAUCAAAUAAAUAUGUGUGAUGAUUAACAGCAUCUCAGUGACUAUGAUGACGAAAAAGAAAUACAAGAAACUAAAAUGAGAUAUGUAUAUUAGGGAGAUGAAAGAAAAGAAUAAUAUUAAAAGACUUUGUUUUCAUCACCCAUGUUCAAGGACCAUUGA